AUGGCGGCUGCGGCGGCGGCGGCGGCGGCUGCGGCUUCGGCGCCUCAACAGCUCUCGGAUGAGGAGCUUUUCUCCCAGCUCCGCCGUUACGGCUUGUCUCCGGGUCCGGUGACGGAGAGCACUCGGCCGGUGUACCUCAAGAAGCUGAAGAAGCUUCGCGAGGAAGAGCAGCAGCAGCAGCAGCACCGGGCGGGGGGCCGCGGCCACAAGACGCGGAACAGUAAUAACAAUAACACGGCAGCGGCCGCGGGACCGGCGGCGGCGGCGGCGGCGAUGGGGGUCCGGCCGGGCUCGGGGGACCUCCCGUAUUUACGGACCCCCGCGGGCCUCGGCCGGCUGUCGGCCCCGGUUCCCGACAGCCCCCUGGGAGGACCCGGGGGCGCGGCGGCCGUGCCCGCGGCGGGCAGCAAGGUCCUGCUGGGCUUCAGCUCCGACGAGUCGGACGUGGAGGCCAGCCCCCGGGAGCAGGCCGGCGGCGGGGCGCGGAGGGACCGGGCUGCGCUCCCGGCCCGCGGGCUCAGAGCGCCGCCGGCUCCCCCGGCCGCCGGCGAGCUCGCCGCCGGCGGCACCCCGGGCGAGCGGAGGAAGCCCCACUCGUGGUGGGCGUCGCGGAGGGCGGCCGGCGGCCCCGAGCCGCAGCCCCCGUCGGGGAACGACGGGGCCGCGGAGGACGUGGACGACGAGGUGGCCGACGGCGACGACCGGGAUCCCGAGGCCGAGGAGCCUCUGUGGGCCAGCCGCGCCGUGAACGGCAGCCGCCUCCUGCCCUACAGCUGCCGGGAGCACUACUCGGACUCGGAGGAGGAGGAGGAGGACGACGACGACGACGACGACGUGGCCUCCACCAGACAGGUAUUAAAGGACGACUCCCUUUCCCGGCAUCGACCCAGACGGAGCCAUAGUAAACCCUUCUCCGCGCUGACUGCUAAAUGUGGCGGCAGCCGGCAGGAGACUUCGGUUCAGGGAGGGGGAGGACUCGCGAUGAAUGACAGGGCGGCGGCCGCCGGGAGUCUAGACAGGAGCCGAAACGUCGAGGAGGCGGCGGCCGAGCCGGGAGGAGGGUGCGAUCAAGCGGACUCCAGCCCCAUUCCUCGAUACCGGGCUGGCGGGAAGAAGCUGGCCCCGCUCCUGGCCCCGCCGCCGAUUCCCGACAUGGACCCAACCCUGGAGUCGCCCACGGCUUCCCUCCUCAAAACCAAUAAUCACACGGGCGGUGGGGCCUUCAGUGUGGAUUCCCCCAGCAUAUAUGCCAACAGCCUCCCUCCCAGCGCGGCCGCGGCCGCCCCUGGCUCACUCAGGAUCAACCACGCCAACCAUACAGGCUCCAAUCAUACCUACCUGAAAAACGCCUAUAGCAAGCCGAAGCUCUGCGAACCUGAGGAGGAACUUCUCCAGCAGUUUAAACGUGAGGAGGUGUCUCCGACCGGGAGUUUCAGUGCUCACUACUUGUCGAUGUUUCUCCUUACUGCUGCCUGCUUAUUUUUCCUAAUACUGGGACUGACUUACCUAGGAAUGAGAGGGACGGGAGUGCCCGAGGAUGGAGGACUCAUGUUAGCGGUCAUUGGUCAAAUAUGUCAGUUCUGUUCCCCUCCUGAUGUCAUUGUGAAAAAGAUGAAGAAAGUCUGGGAUAGAGCUGUUGACUUUCUUGCUGCGAAUGAAUCUCGAGUGCGCACAGAGACACGAAGAAUAGGUGGUGCUGAUUUUCUCGUCUGGCGGUGGAUCCAGCCUUCUGCACCCUGUGAUAAGACAUUAGUUAUACCUUCUAAAGUAUGGCAAGGUCAAGCAUUUCAUUUAGAUAGAAGAAAUUCACCACCCAAUAGUUUGACACCAUGUUUAAAGAUUCGAAAUAUGUUUGACCCAGUUAUGGAAAUAGGAGAUCAAUGGCAUUUGGCAAUUCAAGAAGCAAUUUUAGAAAAAUGCAGCGAUAAUGAUGGCAUUGUUCAUAUUGCAGUAGACAAAAAUUCACGUGAGGGCUGUGUAUAUGUUAAAUGUCUCUCUCCAGAAUAUGCUGGGAAGGCUUUUAAAGCAUUGCAUGGCUCUUGGUUUGAUGGGAAAUUGGUUACAGUCAAAUACUUACGACUAGAUAGGUACCACCACCGCUUUCCCCAGGCUCUCACGUGCAACACGCCCUUGAAGCCAUCAAAUAAGCAUAUGAACUCUAUGUCUCAUCUGCGCCUUCGGACGGGCCUAGCCAAUUCUCAAGGAAGUUCCUGAAAAGAUUUCUUCACUCCUAGGACUGUUAUUUAAAUAGGAAAAUUCCCGUUUGGCUUCCGUCUUCCUUUUAAAAUGCUUUUUGUAUGUAAUAUUUUUAUUGCUGAAGACAGCUGUUUGAAAGUUACAGAAAUCUUAAGGUUCCAAAGGGAUUUAGCGGUGAGGCAGCAAUGCUGAGUAGGUAGAAUAAUUGUUUUAUUCAGUUUUUGGAGCUCAGUUAAGCCAAUGCAUUACAGUUGUGCAUGAGGAACACUGGCUUUAUAUUAAGCGUUUCAGAGAUGGUGGUUAUAUUUUUGCACCAAGAAGUGUUUAGAUAACCACACAAGCAUGGCGAAGCAGCUUUUUGUAUUUCCAUAAUUUGUGAAUUAAUGUGAAUUUUUGUAUACAGUCAGCUGCAUAGUUGCUUACAGGCUACUGUGGUAAAACUGCUCCUUUCCCACUUUAACCUUAGGUCUCUUGCUUGUAAGAGAUUCAUUUGCUGCAGCUGGAAUAUGGGGAAAUUUAUUUGGUUUUAAUGGUUACAUACAUGUGUAAGUGGAUGUUCAUGUACUUAAACUGGCUUUUGUAUAUAUGUAUAAAUGCUGAUGGUAGUAAAAGUCUUGUUUUGUGAGAAUGUCUGCAUUAGCAGUAAAAUAAGCUUUCUAUUUUAUUCAUAAUCUAAUCUGUGUAUAUAUGUGCAUAGCUGUGUGUUUAUGUACAUAUGUACAUAGCCACACAGAUAUAUCCAUAAGGCUGUACUGUCAUAGAUGAUCAAACAGCCAAAUACCUGGAAGUAUUAGAUACAUGUUUAAAAUACCUUUUAUAGAUUUUAUAUAAAAGUACCUGAGUAUGAUUUUGUGUGAAAGUUCUGGCACCAGUUGUAAUGAGUUCAAAUUUAUGUGAGCAAUAAAGAAGCAAUUGGCAGAUACUGGAAAAAUAUUUUGUGAAAAGCUGUAUUUAUUAUAAAUCCUGGGGCUGUGACAGUACCAUUGGGAUUAUGUCAUAUGACAGUCUGUGUAUAGCUUAAAGAAGUGUUAGGCUCCUGUUCAUGUCCAGUGUAAAACAGGGUGCAUUGCUGCAGCAAAAUGUAUUAGAUAAAUUAUCCUUAGAAUGUUGGGCCAUGAAAGUCUGCAGUAUAGAAAAUGCACGAGUGACCAUUGGUUUGUGCCUCAGUGUUUGAUUCAGUAAAGCUACUUUAUUACUGUUUAUGAUUUCAGAUCAAAAUAAUUACUGAUCAAAGUUUAAAAUUGGCUUUUUGAAAAAUAACCUGCUGGAUAUAUCAUUGUCAGUCCAAAUGAAUAUAUGAAACAGCUGGAAUUACACAAAUCUUAAUUUUUGUUUUAGGUUUUUGUUCCAUUUUCUUUUUGUUGUAUAUGUGUUGGGUUUGCAGCAUGAACUUGCACAGAUAAUGCACGUUUUUCUGGCUAAGUAAACAUGAUGCACACUAUUCUGUAACAGAAAACCCUUUGUGCCUUACCUGUGUGCUUUUGUGGGCACCAUGUUUAUGAAGAAUAAAGGAUUUGUUAUCAGAAGAGAAUAAAUUUUAAAUUCUCAAUCUAUGUCUGAGAUGCUAACAUGUUAAAAUAUAAAUAUAUAAUAUAUAAAGUAACCAAUCUUUCUGUAUUUUAUGUGCAUCAUAGUGAUUUAUUUGAGCUUAGUGACCCCAUCUUGUAACCUGUUGCAAGAGUGAAUGUAAAAAAAAAUAGUUGUGGCAUUUAAACAGGUCACCUUUUGAUGCAGAUGCAUCUUUUUCUUGCUUCUCAGAUAUAUUUCAUGUAAACAUUGUACAUUUAUUAUUGUAAUAUAUACUAUUAUGCAGCCUAUUUUACCUGGAACUCUUUAAGCCGACCAAGAGUCCUCCCCGUAAGACAGAUGGGAAUGUGUAUAAUAAUUAGGUAUUCGAAAAGUUCUGGUUUGAUGUAUUCUGUUUAUUGUUCUGUUUAAAAACGAAGGAAAACAUUCUAAUUAAAAAUUUAUUAGGUUUUU